GUGUGUUUUAGCCAUACUGCAUUGACGCCGGCAUCCCCUCCCUCCUUGCCCGUCCUCUGGCGUGCGUGCGAGCUUCAGUGCGAGAUAAGCUGUUUAUCCGUCAUCGCCUACAGCUGACUUCUGCUCGUCCGACUUCGCUUGUUGCGGAGUCAGCCCGUCCGUCGGCUGAAUGUGUGAUUCGUCUCGUCCCGCCCCCGCCGGAGCGACCCACUCCCUGGACUACACGGCCGUCUUUGGCCUUGACAUCUAUCAGCGGCUUCACGGCACUCUCGUUGCCGUCCCUUCGACAGUCAACAUGGGGCAGGGCCCGCCCCAGCUGACGUCAUCGAAGAGGAUAGCUGCCUUCCUUGUUCCCGGCGUGCUGUAGUCAUGACCAGCACCCGGGCGAGCUCGAAGAUCUUCAGGCCGACUCGCAGAGACAAAUCUCCUUGUCAUAAGGACGCCUCUCGCCAAACCAUGGUGGCGCUCGAGGCGUCCCUCGAAUUGACUUGCCUUAUUAUCGCCCGACUUCAUGGGCCGAAACGUCCGCUUCAGUCAGACAGACUUACUGCUCACCACCCUUGCCGACAGAGAUUCGUCAACGCUUCACUAGGCUGGCCGCCUAAUCGUAAUGAGCAAACAUCAUGUUACUACCCUUUGCUCACCCCACUGGAAGGGCUGAAUCUGCAAGAUCCGCCUUCUGCUGUGCCAAUCGUCCCGCCCGACGUCAUGGCGUUCCGGCCCAGCUGUCACGAUUUUCCUCUGGGCGGCAUAAGUAUCAACGUACCGAGAGGGCGCCCGGGCUGCCGCAACCCCAGGCGCAGAGACCUGUGACGCUUGGACGAGGCGCAGAGAUAGACGCUGUCGACGACUUACGCCACCGCCUGCCGUCGGCCCGCAAGCUGGUUGCUGGUAGCUGGUCGCAGGACGCUGUUGCUGGUUGCCGAUCUCCAGUUGCUGGUCGCUGCUCGCUGGUCGCUGUUUGCUGCAGUCAAGAUUGUUCUACGAUCCUGUCAUAAACUGUACGUCUGCCGCAAGCCGUGCGCCAGGCGGUACGCCAACUGCUCCGGGGACCACGCCUGCCCGGCCAAGUGCUUCGAGAAGUGCCGAGACUGCCCCGUGAAGGUGGUGAAGCCGGGAGCCAGCUGCAGCCACCCGCACCGCGUCGCCUGCAGCACGCCUGCCGAGAGUGUCGUGUGUGACAACGUGUGCAUGAAGAAGUUGGAGUGCGGUCACAGCUGCUGGCUCAAGUGCAGGCAGCCGUGUGGAGACUGCAAAAUUAUCGUGACCAAGACGGUGGAGGAGUGCGGGCACACGGUGAUGGCGGCGUGCGGCGAGACUGCCACAGUGAAGAUGUGCUCAGGACCGUGUGCCAAGACGCUGGCGUGCGGCCACAGGUGCACCAAGCGCUGCCGGGACAACUGCACGGCCAAGUGCGUGCAGAAGGUGCCCAGCCCCGUGGCCGCGGCGUGUGGGCACGCGGUCAGCAUCUCGUGCCACCGCCAGGGACCGAGGGGCGGCACGGCAGGAGGGCCGGUUGCAGACGUGUCGGGCGCGGACGCCUGGCUGCUGGCGUGCUGCGCGGCACCGUGCCGGGUGCUGCUGGGCUGUGGCCACCGCUGCGCGGGCACGUGUGGGGACUGCCUGCAGGGUCGCGUGCACGUCUCCUGCCGCGAGAAGUGCAGCCGCACGCUGAUCUGCGGCCACCUGUGCAGCAGUCCGUGCUCCAGGAGUUGCCCGCCGUGCGACAGGAAGUGCGAGUACCGCUGCAAGCACUCGCGCUGCACCAGGCGCUGUGGGGAGCUGUGCUACCCCUGCAAGGAGAAGUGUGAUUGGGGCUGCACGCACUCGCAAUGCUCCCGGCUGUGCUACGAGCCGUGCGACCGACAGCCGUGCCAGCAGCCGUGCAGCAAGUCGCUCGAGUGUGGACACCCGUGCGUCGGCUUCUGCGGAGACCCGUGUCCGCCCCUGUGCCGUGUCUGCCACCAGCCGCAGCUCACCGAGAUAUUCUUCGGCUACGAGGACGAACACGAUGCUCGGUUCGUGUUGUUGGAGGACUGCCGGCACGUGAUCGAGUCGCGUGGGCUGGACGAGUGGAUGAGGCAGUCGGACGGCGCCAUCAAGCUGAAGUGUUGUCCGCUCUGCUCCACGCCGGUGAUGCGCACCCAGCGCUUCCUGAGCGCCGUGAAGCAGACGUACGAGGGUCAAGAGGAAGCUGCGAGGGGACGAGACCGUGGUCGCACAGCAGCGACAGACGCUGCUCAAGCAAGUCGGCGACAUCCAGGGAGACGAAUUUCUUAUUGGCUGCAAGAGCUACGCCGAGCUGGUGCGCAGACUGCUGGACGCGCUGGGUGAGCCCAGCCGUGCGCCGAGCGUGCCGGACCUGGACUGCCUGCGCGUGCUGGUGGAGCUGGUGCAGGCCGUGGCAGACACGUGCCUCGCCGUGCUGGGGCAGCUGCGAGGAGCCGGCGAGCAGCAGCUACGCACGGCGGCGGGCGUGCUCUUCAGGGUGAUCCUGCUGCGCGGCAGGAAGGUCAGCGAGCAGGAAGUGGAGGACGUGAAGCUGGAGCUGGCGCGCCUCCACCGCUUGUCGCAGCUGCUGGUGCUCGAGAGCGAGCUGGGGGCCCAGGCGGGAGACCCCGGCAGCGCAGCCCGCGCGCUGGUCACGAGCAUCGAGAGGUACAGCACGGACCAGGACGCGCGGAUCAAGGAUGCCCUGGAGGCCCUGGCCGUGGUCGCCAAGACGGUCGUCAGGGACCGGGAGCGACGAGAGAUCGUGGCCGCGGUGGGCAUGAAGCAGGGACACUGGUUCAAGUGUCCCCGGGGACACCCGUACGUGAUCGCGGACUGCGGCGGGGCCAUGCAGGUGGGGCGCUGCAACGAGUGUGGCUCGAGCAUCGCCUGUUGGCUGGCAACGCGCUGGCGCCCGAGAUGGACGGAGCGGCCCGGCCAGCGUGGCCCAGCAUGUAGCCUCUUCCACGCGAGGUUAUUGUUUCUCACGUUGCCUUGUUUGUUAUUAUGGCUGUUUACCCUGCCUCCUUCUGUACACAGUUUCAAAAUGCAUUGUUUCCCAAGAUUGUUUGGGUGUAAGCUUGGAGUGUUGUCUACAUUUAAUUGGUAGAUACCAUGUCAUUAGUUACAAUGUGGUGGAUAAGGCCGUGAGGACACUGGGGCAGAAGUGCCCCUCAUGCUGAGGGUGUUAUACAAUACAUAACUGCUUUCUCACAAUAUGUAUAUGCUACUAUUUGAAAACACAUGUAUUUUAAACUAAUUUCACAGUUCAAUGUAAUUUGUCUCGUAACUGUGCUACGUUUAUAGAGACUAUUGAGUAUAUGACAAUCUAUAUUUGUUAUGGGUAUUAAAUGCCAUAUUGCCCAGGGUAUUCCUAUUGCUUCUGUGCUGUUUAUUAAACACAACAGUAUUUUAAAGCUUUACUUUUUAUAUUUUAAAGGAUUGUGUUGUUCAGUUUAAGUGCUAUUGUGUGCUUGAUCCAAUAAAGGCUAUGCCAGA